UCCGCACCGGAGAGACGACCCCAAGUCCACAAUCUUCAAUGGCAUUCGCCGCCUCUCUCUCUUCCCCUCUCCACUUCCGCAACCCCAACCCUCUCUUCUCUCCCAAGCCCACCAAACCCUCCAAACCCUUCACCCUCAAGCCCCUCCCCGCCGUCCCUCCCUCCCUCGCCUCUGACGUCGACAGCGCCACCAUCGCCGCUAUCGGCGGCGGCUCCGUCGCCGCCCUCGCCGCCGCGCUCUCCCUCGCCGACCCCGAGCGCCGUCGCAAGCUCCAGGCCGAGGAGGUCGGCGGCGGCGACAAGGAGGUCGUCAAGGACUACUUCAACAAGUCAGGGUUCGAGCGGUGGAAGAAGAUUUACGGCGAGACCGAUGACGUCAACACUGUCCAGAGGGACAUCAGGCUCGGCCACUCCAAGACCGUCGAGAAUGUGAUGAAGAUGUUGUUGGAUGAAGGCCCGCUUGCUGGCGUCACCGUCUGCGACGCCGGCUGCGGUACCGGAUGCCUCGCUAUCCCGCUCGCUAAGGAAGGCGCCGUCGUAACGGCCUCCGAUAUUUCCGCCGCGAUGGUCGCCGAGGCCGAGAAGCAGGCAAGAGAGCAGCUGGAUUUGGGGAAAGAAGGAGUCAUAUUGCCGAAAUUCGAAGUGAGUGAUCUAGAGAGCUUGGGAGGGAAGUAUGACACAGUAGUGUGUCUAGAUGUUUUGAUUCAUUAUCCACAGAGCAAGGCUGAUGGGAUGAUUGCCCACCUUGCUUCGCUGGCCGAGAAUCGGUUGCUUCUGAGCUUUGCACCAAAGACAUUGUAUUACGAUAUCCUAAAGAGGAUAGGAGAGCUGUUCCCCGGGCCUUCCAAGGCCACGAGGGCGUAUCUGCACUCUGAGGCGGAUGUGGAGAGGGCUUUGAAGAAGGUUGGGUGGAGGAUAAGGAAGAGAGGACUAACAACUACACAGUUUUAUUUUUCGAGGCUCGUGGAGGCUGUUCCUAUGUAAGAAGGGAUGGAGGUCGUAUCUGAGCAUUCGUCUAACAGUUUGUAAAGCUCUUCUACAUGUACGUUCCCACUCUCUUCUACGUGUAUGUAUGGCUUGUUCUCUUGUAUACUAGAUAUUCAUGUAUCAAUAUGUCAAUGUAUGAUGACAGUUUUGUGUUCUUUUAUAUUAAACUUCAAUUCAUUGAUUGCCU